CGAAUGAUAUUACACUGACGAGAAAUGUUUCAAAAACACAGAUAGUUGGCUUGAGAAACACGCACCACGAUUGGAUGGAUCACUAAACCAGUCUCCCGCUGGUUGCAAGGCUUCUGGGGCUGUCUUUUGUGUGCUUUGUCAACGUUCCCUCCAACCUCUACUUUGACCUAACUUUUUAUUUAGUAUCAGACAAGGGAGCAGAACAUGGUGACACAUUUUACUCCCUAGUUGGCCCGCGGUGAAAUGGCUACAUGUUGCGGCGACGGUAAUCUGCAUUGCAGAUGCAUUGUUACUGGGAAACGGCAAAUGAAGGGAGGACCUCCAAAUCGUCUCGGCAUUGAUUCCUUUCUUUCCUCUUCGCCUGUAUCUCUCAUUCAGUCUCCGCAAGACAAAAGAGUGGUGCUGGGCUCUGACAAGCCCUCCUCAGAAGCCGUGACCACCUCCCUUCGCUUCGCCGGGCCUUCUCAGUCCGGCUCGUUUUCGCCCGCUAACUAUGGGAGCGAAGCAUCAUCAGGCCCGUCUGAUGGAAAGCCAGAUUCGCCAAUUGUGACAUCCCCCGUGUCUGAAAGGAUAAAGGCACUGGAGGCCCUGGCAGCAAAGAAGGAGCCAGAGCCCAAGACCGAUGGAGGCUUUCCUCACUUCAAAGAGCGCCACUAUGAAAAGUCUCCUACAGAGGUGCCGGCAGAGACCACCUCAUCCUUCCAGAAAAAAGGAGCCUCCACUGAUCAGGAUUCACCAGAAUCUCCCUUUGAGGUCCUGGGAGAAGCACGGCAAGGGAGUGAUUUUGAAGAUACCGCAGACUGGAUGAGAGCUCACUUACCCCCUGUGCCUGACUUUGAGGACAAAGUAGAUUCAAACAAAGAUGCUCUUGUGUUAGAGAACGAUGGCAAAUCCCAGGAUAUAAAAGGGGAAGAUAAAGCUAUAAUUGAUGUUCCAGAGGCGUUUGCGUGUGUCCCUGACGCUUUCAUGGACUCUCCCAUCGAAGGGCCUAAACUUAAAAAUGUGUUCAAAGAUCCUGCGCAGCAGUCUAGCGUUGAGGACGAAUCUGAAUUUGACCUGAGCUUCCUACCUACAGCAUACAUGACAGACACCCAAGGCCCCUCUGACCUUGACUCUGAGCUCCCUGCCUCUCCUGCCCCUCCUGCUGGUUUUAACUCUCCCCCUUCCUCUGACUCAAAAGAGAAGGACUCAAAGACCAAGCAGGCCCCAUGGGGUGAUGAGGUAGUCGAAGUCGACAGCUCAGGAGACUCUGAUGACACUGUCAUUGAGGAUGCGGUCUCCAUCCUUGCCCCUUCCUUCCCUGCCCCCUCUUUGUCAAGUGAUACUGCACCUGUCCCCAACCCCUCUGUUCCCUCUCUCCCUACUGAAGAAAAGGAAACUCCUCCAGCAAAGCUGCCAAUGCAGGUCCCUACCAUCAAUGUUAUUGAGACAGACGAGCCGAAUUACAGCGAUGAGGAGAUGGAGAUGGAAGUGGAGGAAGAGGAGGAGGAAAGUUCUGAAGUUGUGAAAGAGGCACCAAAAACCCCUGAGCCACAACCAGAUGUGACUAAAAAGGAAUUCUCCAAAAUUCCCCCCUUAGAAUAUGAGGGCUACUCUCCUCCCUCCUCUCCUGUCGACUCUGAUGCUGAAUACUCACCUGAACACAAGAUCUUGAAAUCUGAACGCGAUACGGAUAAUCAAAAGACAACACUAUCUAAUGAUGGGAUGCAAAGUGCUGCUGUGUCAAAGAGCUCUAGUUCUGAGGUGUCACAAGCCCAGAAAGUUGAGUCUGAUAAAUCACCGACCCCCAAUGAGUCUAAUGAAAAGUCUUCUCCAUCCACUGCCAAACCUUCUGAGAAAACCGCAGAGAACCUUUCAGACUAUGAUGAUGAUGACUGGUCAACUGACGCACAAGAAAUUUUAGUGAAGUCUAGCUCUGCUAACGUUACUUCUCAGGAUCCUCAACUUCACCCCACAUCCAAGUUUCAAGAGAACCCCAAGUCUGAUAUUAUACAAGAUUAUAUGCAGACAGUUGAGCUCUCAAAAUCCAACUACAUGCAGGAUGACACAAUCCGUAAAUACGACAGACAGUCUUUUGAGGACGAAGACGCACUGCCACCCACGGAUGACACCAUUGACAAUAAAGAGCUGAACUUUGACACCGUACCAGAACCUUCUCCCUCAGAUCCAACCUCUCAGAUCCAUAUCGGAACACUACUCCCUCAAAACAAUACAACUACCAUGAUCUCAGAUUUUGAGAAUCUCACCUCAAUGGAUGAAGAUUCCUUCCCCAAGCCAGUCGGUGGCCAGCCAUCUCCCAGGGAGUUUCCCAAAGAUCCAUUCUCCUCUUUCCAGAGCGAACCGCCUGGCAACACCAUGGAGCCCAAGACUGAGAAGAAACCUAACGAUGACAUCAUUGCUGAUCACAUGGUCAACAGCAAGACUCUCCCACCACAGGAAGCUGUGGCGGAGAAGGACACUAAAGCAGGACACCAUUCACCAGACAAUACCAGUGAUCCAGAAAGCAUUGAGCCCGACUGCUCUGUCUCUGGUGCCACGGACAGCUUCGUCGAGUUCAUGAGGGAGUGCCUGAAGUCACGACAGGACGAAGAUCCAGAAGACCUCCGUCAAGGUCUAACAGCCAAGGAUGAGUGUCCUCCCUCCCAGUCCACACCAACCAUGGUCAUGGAUCUGGAGCAGGAACAACUCACCAUCAAUGCCCUUAAAGAGUUGGGCAGCAGCCAAGAAGAGGGGGAUGACCUUCAGUCUAGUAUCAAGGCCUCUGAGAAAUCCCAGUCUUCCUUCACCUCAACAACCUCCGACCAUCCUUCUCCCCAAAACAAACCUACGUCCGACAGCGCGUAUUCCAAAGAGGUAGAGGCCAUCGACGUGUGGGUGGCCGAGGCCUACCACCUUGCAGAGCAUGUCUUGGCAGCAAUACUAACACACUUGUCAGUCAAGGACUUGGUGCACUGGCGAGACCCCAAGAAGUCUGGCGUGGUGUUCGGCCUGUCCCUGCUGACGCUCCUGUCCCUGGCGGCGUUCAGCGUCAUCAGUGUGAUCUCCUACCUGCUCCUCGCCCUGCUCUGUGUCACCAUCACCUUCCGCAUCUACAAGUCCGUCGUCCAGGCCGUACAGAAGUCCAACGACGGACACCCCUUCAAGGCUCUGAUGGAGAAGGAUGUCAGCAUUCCUCCCGAGACCUUCCACAAGCACGUUGACGUCAGUUUGACCUACAUCAACCGGUUCCUCAAACAGAUGAGCAAACUCUUCCUGGUCGAGGACCUCAUCGACUCCCUGAAGCUGGCUGUAGUGAUGUGGCUGCUGACCUACGUAGGAGCCGUCUUCAACGGCAUCACCGUCCUCAUCCUGGCUGACAUCCUCCUAUUUGCCGUGCCCCCGUUCUAUGAGAAGAACAAGACCCAGAUUGAUCGCUACAUGGAGAUUGCACGCACUCAAGUCAACACCACAAUGGCAAAGUUGCAAGAGAAACUCCCUGGAGCCGUCAAGCGUACGAAAGCUGAAUGAGCGGCCCGCAGACAUCUUCAUCACCAUCCUCAUCACAUUUAUCCCAUCUUAAAUCCCCUCCUCCCUGCCCUCCCCCCCUUCUCAGUCCUCCUCCCCCUAUCCACCCUCUAACCCCACUCCCUCCCUCCCUUCCACCAACCAUCAUACCAUCUGCACUGAACCAGCUAGGUAGAAGAAAACAAAGUAUUGCUACUCAAUAUUCAAUGUAAACCACGCAGCUUAACUAAGAGCAUUUAGAAAAAGAACUGCGCCUACUGUGUCGACAGGAAACACGUCUAGCGGGAGGAAAUGAUGUAAUGCCGUGGCAGGUCGCCUGUCUUUGGGCACACUAAAAAUGAUGCAGGGGUCAAGUGAACUAGACGGAAUCUAUGACCUGGUUUUGUAGUGUACAGUUGGAGUGUGUAGGGUUUAUCAUUGACGAGUAAGGAUGAGUGUUAGUCUCGCUAAAAAAGCAAAUGUCUGUACUUUUAACUAAUAUAUUUAGCUGAAAGUAAACAAAACAAGUAGAAAAGUAAAACACAUAAAAAGAGCAAAAUGAUUUUAAAAACGUACCUUUGGGUGUAAAUUGUGGCUUGUCUUUUUCCUGCUCUCUCGCUCUUUGGCAGUUGUAUGGAUAAACAAAAAAGAUAUCAAGUUUGUGUUUGGAACGUGGUACUGGGAUUUCACUGUUACGGAUUGGCCUGUUUUGGUGUUAUUGUGUUUUGUUCACCUUAAAGGCACUUAUGUAUGUAUAACGUUUCUGCAAUGCACUGAACUUUUUUUUUUAAUCCCACGAGCAGGUUUAAAUAAAAGGAUUGGAACACUGAA